UAAAAUAACUUCUUAUAUUACGUUCGAAAUAUCCAAAAUAAAUUACACUUACCCUACCUAUAGUAACCCCGGUGGACAUUGAUGGUUUGUGCUAUAGUUUCUUUGCCAUGAAGUUAUAAAACGAUGCUUUUGUGCUGAUUAUAUGCCGAUGUAUAUAGGCUAAGGCCACAUUGAUCCCUGCAUUUAUAUAGGGUGGGGAAAUACGGGACUCGGCGUUAGUACGGUACAUUACGGGACACAUUGUUUAACGAACGAUUAAUAAGCAACUCCUGCAAACGAAUUUUACUAAACUAUCCACCGUUGGUUUUAUCCCGGGAAUACGGAACUUAUUCCUACCGCGGGUAAAAGUUUUCGAUUUCGCUUAAAUUUUAUAAGUUAUUCGAUAAAUAAUAUGUUACUUUGACUCUUCCAAAAUCCCCUUUGGGGACUUCCCCAAAAUAGUACCUUGUUGGCCAUGAUCGUAUUAAAUUAAUUAGACUUAUUUAAAUUAUGAAUUAAACUAAUAAAUUUAACUGUUCAAAAAAGGGGCAACCAAACUUUUAUAGGAAAAAUUAAUCUCAAGCAACAUAAAGCAUGUUUUUAUACAUAAUGUGUGUAUAUACGUAAUUAGCUUUAUAUAGCAAUUUUCGCGUUUUAUUGUGUGACAAUUAGUGUUAACCAACACUAAUUGUCACACAAUAAAACGUGAGUAUUUGUGCAUUGCAUAGACUUCAAGGGUCACGCGAUUGGUCACCUCAUAUAUACAGCCAUCACUUGAGAUAAUGCAAUAACUGUAAAAAAAUACUAAAAUAGGUUCAAUUAUUGUUAGAAAUGUGGGUUUCGUGAUAUGUUACAAAAAUACCCUACUGAUUUAAUAACACUUAAUGUCACGUGAUCGCUAUCAGUUAUUGUGCCGUAAACAAAAGAGGGCAGAACCGAUCAUACAGACGCAUUGUGACGUUGCAUAUCGCGUUACCUGUCUUGAAAGUCAUAACUUCUGUGCUACGAAGCCGGAUGGUGUGCACAUUUGUGUGUUUAACUGCGUGUUGUCAUUGCUAAAUAAUCUAGGUCAGCCAAAAAUAUAGAACAUGGCGUUUUAUAUUUUUUGCAGCCUUUUUUAUCAUUAGUUUAUAAUAAUUACUAUUUAAUAAAAACACAGCAGCUGUACGACAGUUUAGGUUAAAAUGGGCGUUAUACCUCGACCUGUACAAAGCGCUUGUUCAUCACGAACCAGCGGUUCUUCUGGCUCCAUUGAUGACGUCACAAAGAGGUAUAAUUAUCCUUCUAGUAUAAAACCGACCGGUCGAAGAAUGCUUUACACAGGGCCGUCCGGAGCAUUGAACCACCGCGUAAAAGUUGAAGAACAAGGUCGGUAUAUUGGAAUUGCACCCCUUUCACGGGAAAUUACUAGCGGUGCUGAAUAUCUGUACCGACCAUGCACCUCCAGCGCCCCCAAGUGUGAGAUGCGUCACAAGCGGGUUGGAGAGAUCGGAUGGAACGUGACAACACUGCUACGAAACUCAGUGUUGCCUGUUGUCAUUUCACCGGGUAGACGAUAACAAUAAAAUACAUAAAACCAAC